GAGGAGACGUCUAUUUCGUGCCCGUACUGUAUCUGUUUUCGUGAUUGUGCUUGUUGGCAUGCUUUAAGUUUGAUAAGGGGCACUCCAUAUUUACUUACUGAGUUUAUCUCAUAGUUUUUCCUUGUCCACCAUUUCAGGAAGUGAAACCGAGGACGGGAAACCACAGGAAGUGACGAGUUAGAAGGCUAGCCAUAUUGUAAUUGGAUAUGAAUUUUAGAAACAAUUCAUGAUCUUGUAUUUGGAGAUUUUAUGAUAUUAGAGCAGAUUUUAAAAGUUGAUCUUCAAAUUUUGGUGGUAUCAGAGUACAGUAUGAUAAGUUCCGAGCCUUGUGCAUUUGUGGGACCCUCUCACGAGUGCACGGCGUCUGUCGCGUCUCAAAAUUGGGUUUUGGGGCGUGACAGAUUUAGUGGUAUCAGAGCUUAGGUUGAAAUUAAGAGCUUGGUUUAAAUUAAGAGUUUUGGAUUAAAUUAAGCACCUUCAGAUUGAGUGGCAUCAGAGCAGAUUGAGUGAUAUCCGAGCCUAGGUUUAAUUGAAUACCUAGGAUUUGUUUUGAACUUGGCUAGCCAGUGGAUUUUAGAACCGUGGUGAGACGAGUGAUGGGGUUAUAUAAGGCACGAUUCUGAUUUGUGUUGCCUGAAUUUUCUAAUCCAUUUUGAUGACAUGGUAAUCUGAUUGUUGUUGUUUCUUGCCUUCAUACUCUGUGUGAAGUUGUGAAAGUAAUCUUGCCCGUUAUGUUCUGAAGACCUUGUUUUGAAACUUGGUCAUUUUCUGAUAGUCUGCACUUGUUUAGACUUGUUAUUUGAAUGGAAUUUUUGUAUGCUCUUUUGCCACAAUUAUGAAAUCUGGGGAGUUGCAAAGAUCUUUUGUUAUUAACUCUGUUUGUCUCUACAGCAUAGCUGGUUGAGAAAUUUGCUCUGUUUGUCAUAUGACCAGUGGAAGAUGGGCAACCCUCUACUUUGUAAGAGAUUUAAUGCUAUUUUAGCAAAUGUCGUGUGUUUUCUUGAUGCGUUUUAGGAGCUGGAUAACUUGGUAAUUCCAUUGCUCCUUAUCUUCUGAAAGUCUUAUAGUGAAGUUUCACUUUUUCCAUUUGAAGCUUCAUGGUCUUUUCAUGUGGCUCAUUUUUCUGUAUUGGUUAAUCAAGAGCAGUGAUCAUU